AUGGAGGAAAGUGAGCUAAUGAGAGUUUGUGUAGUGGGUGGAAAUGCCGUUUCUGCGUUCCUGUCCUGGAGGCUUCAAGCCACAAAUGCCUGCGAUGUAACUCUCGUAUGGAAGUCGGGUUUCGAGUCUGUCUACCAGUAUGGUAUUUCUUUCAAAUCUGACGCAUUUGGCAACGAGCGAUUCAAACCUCGGCGCGUCGUUCGGACACCUGAAGAUGCCGCAAAUAACAAAGAAGGCCCAUUAGACUACGUAAUCCUUUGCAUUAAAGCCCUCCCAGACGUUUAUGAUCUCGCAUCUGUAAUUGACGCCGUCGUUACUCCUCAACACACCUGUAUUCUCGUCAAUACGACACAUACCCUGGGGGUGGAAGCUGCUCUCGAAGAAAGAUUUCCAACGAACGUCGUUCUGUCACUCGUUUCGAAUGCCGAAUUAAACCAGUUGGGAUCGAGCGAAUUUGAGCAUAGUGGUUCAACUGAGAUCUGGGUUGGUCCGGCAAAUAAGAGUAACAACAUCCCCGCGGCAAUACAGGAGGAUAUGGCUCAGGCGCUCGCCAUGACCCUAAGCACAGGCCGCGUUGAUUGUAAAGUUUCCAGCAACAUAAGACAGCAGCAGUUUGAGCGAGUUAUUGGUCCUAUUGCCUUCCAUCCGGCGAGCGUCAUUUUCGAAACACCUUCUCAUUCGGCUUUAUUAGAAAAAACUGGUGUUAGGCAACUAAUUACAGAUGUAAUUGACGAACUUAUUCAACUUGCUACCGCGCAAGGAUGUACGCUCGAUCCUAAAUUGAAGGAGAACACUAUUAAGGAACAGUGCGAGUCUUCGGAUACCCCAAGUAUUAUGUGGCAGGAUUACGUGGCUAGAAGGCCAAUGGAAGUCGAAACUUUUCUUGGUUCGCCCAUUAAGUUAGCCCAAAGCUCGGGUAUCAAGCUACCGCGAAUCGAGACGCUCUACGCUAUCUUCCACAACCUGAAUACUGUCAACCAGUCCAGGCCUAAGGAGAUUAAUGGACUGCCGGCUGCUUCUGGUUCGCCAACGGCGUCCUCGCCGAUGCCCCGUAUGUCAACUGCAGGCCCACCGCGCCCUGUGAUGAACGGCCAUGCCAACGGAAACGGCAUGCCGAUGCGUGGCCCUAGACCUAGAAAUUCGUCCAACUUCAGCGGCCCGCCUCCCGGUAUGCGUCGGGGACCUCCUCCCAUGAACGGUGGCCCUCCCAAUGGAUAUAGACCUUCCAUGAACGGCGCGCCGAACGGACACCCUCAGUCGCGACAACCCUCAAGACGCGGCUCUUUUGAUGAGACUGAUCUCGGGGAAUUUAGUCAUUUGGUCGUAUACGAGGACUCGGCGGACGCUGAAGGCGGAUAUAAUGCUGACACUUCAGAUAUCGCUCUUCGCGAAAGAGAGUUCCAAUUACGACAGCGCGAGCUAGCGAUAAAGGAGCAGGAGAUGCGCAUGCGACGCGGCCCACCUGGACCCGGACCCGGCCCUGGCCCCAUGCCUAACGGUAGGAGACGCGCCCCUCCGGUACGUAGCGGAGGUGGCGUGUACGACGACGAAGAUGAAGAGGAUGACUACUUUGAUCCGAAUUCGGGUCCAAUUACCCCCAUGAUCGACCCGGAUAACUUCGACAUGAUGAGUGUUACAUCUAGGAAAAAUCGUAGCAAGCCUGCGCAAAACCAGAGCGAGUUGCGAAUGAACCCAGAGGGACCUCCCGGCCCGGGGAUGCCUUCUCGUGGUAGUAGAUGGCGACCGGGAUUUGGCAGAAAUCGUUCUAGUCAGGUCAUAAAUGCCACGGCCGGUCUCCACGACAAUAUUCUCGACGAUCCACUAAUGAGCUUCACGUCCAACCGGUAUGGUAACGUCGAUCGAGGACAUAUGCAGGCGGGAUCUAGGGCGAAUUCACUGACUGCGGCUCACAUGCAUGAUCUGCCAGGCGGACCAAACGGGAUGAACGGGGGACCAUAUCCCAGACGUGUUAGUCAGUCACCGGGAAAUCCGUAUAGUCCUUCAAUUCGAGGAGGAAAUGGGCGACCUUCUCCACCUAACGGCUUCGGAGGACCUGGACCCAAUGGACGACCGUCUCCCCCAGACGCUGUUCGCCAGCCGGUUCCUAGGUAUCCUCCCGGCCAGGGAAACAUGGUCGCGCCACAGCAAGUUGAACAACGUGUCGGGGUGAGCAAUCUCCAACCACCAAACGCGAAGACAGCAAGAAGUCUGACGGGUAGUGCGAGCGCCAGCGCGGGGAGUGGUGAUUCGACGAACCUAGGUUCGGAACCCUCCGCUCACAGCAGCCAAAGUAGUCUCGGUCCUCGACCUCCGAUCGGAGUCCGCUAA